GAAACUGUAAAAGAAAUAACAAAGAAACUGUCAAAAGAGUAUAAAGAUUAUCCCUCAAUGCUCAUCACAAUUUCGGAGGUUUCCAUAAAUAUACCCAAGAAAACUAAUAGUAACAGAUCAUUUCAAUCUCAAAUGAAUGCAUGCGCCAUAAAAACUCAUAAAAAUUUGCGGUACAUACUACUAUAUGGCAAGAAACUUUUGUGGCUUCCCAAAGCUUUAAAAGCAGCAUGCUUAAAACCUUGCUAUCAGGACCCAACAACAAGGAUCCAUCUUACUUUUGAUCUUAUUAUUAUUUCAGCAUUCAUGGAGAAAGUUGAUGGAGUAGGGGCCAAUGCUGAUUGGCUCAAUGAAUCAUGUGAAGAACUCAUAAGAGAGCUCCUAGAAAACAACUCACCAUCCACGACGGAAGUUGAGAUCGAUGCUGAUAGGCUCAAUGAAUCAUGUGCAGAACUCAUGAAAGAGCUCCUUGAUAACGACUCUCCGUUGGCGGAGGAAGUUGAGACUGACGCUGAUUGGCUCGAUGAAUCAUGUGAAGAACUCAUACGAGAGCUCCUAGAUGAUGACUCUACCUUCGUUGUCUCAAACCCAGUAACAGAUAACGGCAUAACAAAUGUUCAUGCCGCUACGGCAAAGAAUCUUCAUUCUUCAGCCUACACUGGUCCUACCAUCAGUGAUAUUGAAAAUGCACUGGCCGCUACAUUUCAAAGAAAUCAGAGUAACACAGCUUCAUUAGCUGAGAAGGUAAUGCAGAGGAUUGAGGAGAACACAGAAACUGCAAAGGAUUGUGACCGAUGCAGAGCUUCAUUAUUUGAGAAGAUAAUGCAGAAGAUAGAGCAGAACACAGUAACUGCAAAUAAUUGUGAAAAAGGGGUUCCAGAUGAUGGCUACCGGUGGUGGAAGUAUGGUCAGAAAUCAAUCAAGGAACGUCCUAACCCAAGGAGUUAUUACCGGUGCGCCCAACCUCGAUGCCAUGCCAAGAAGCAAGUGGAGAAAUCCACAAAAGAUCCAGAAGCACUCAUUAUCACAUAUGAAGGCAUCCAUUCUCACCAUGCCCAGUCCAGUUUCAUACCCCCCACGUCAAUAGUCGGUGAGGGGCAAGCGAAAGAAGCUUUCAGAAGAUGUUACUGAGUUCUGAUGUCAGAGAUAAUAAUCAACAAAUCCAAUAAAAGCUAUUAGAGGUUUCACCCCCUGAUGCAUGUUAAGAAGCCUUAGAUCAACAACAGGUUUGGAAUCUUUGGAUAAUCUUGUUGCACCUCUCGGGCAUCUUUGUUUCUCCUACUCUGAUCUAGCAUAAUGCGACAGUGCUUAUCGUGAAUAUAUUAAUUCUCCAAUAAACUAGGAUAAGCGCUGAAGUGUAUGUGAAUGCAAAUAAUUGAGAAUAACACUGUGGAAUGUCGAUAACUAAAUGUUCGUGUUCAUAUGUAGACUCGGUCAUGGUGUAUGCAUUUUAGACUACGUAUGAUGUGUUCAGCAACCAUUCUUCGACUAUCGCAUAUCUGAAAAUUGAACAUUGGUUCUUAUCCUUGUCGAAGCUUCCUUCCAAUAUAAAUUUCAUGAUAGAAUAAUAAAAUGUUAGGAUUGGUUUUCAUGCAAGUAAAAAUAAUCCAAGAACAUGCAUUUCUAAACAUAUAACACACUUUGGUCGAAUGGACAUGAAACGAGCUACCUAGAUAUGCACCAAGGUCAAAACCGCCAUUAAAAGCAAGCUAAGGGCGCGUUUGGUUUCAAAAGAAGUUUGAUGAAAGCCUGACAAAAACAGUACAAAAGCUACUGUUUUUGUCAGCUUUUAACCAAAAACGCCCCUUAAAAUGGCGUUUUUGGUUGAAAUUCUGACAAUUUGUCAGGCUUUCACAAGCAUUUUUUUGAAACCAAACGGACCCUAAGCUUCACGGGUCUCGGAUCCGCUUUCAAGCUUUCAACAUAGAAAGGCUAAUUUCAUUGCUAAAAUCAUCAAAAAAAAAGGGUGGGAAAUGCAAUCUCUAACGUGCGAA